AAGUAUCGAUUUCCCACCGUGUAAGAUUCUAUUGGGAUUUAAUGACAAUGUAACAAUCUACAGGUAAUGGGAAAAAUGCGAUGUCCUGGUUGACAGUUCGCUUUAAAUAACCAGCUUAAUGGUGGAUAUCGUUAUUCAAAUCUGUGUUUAACAAGAUAAUAAUUAAAAGAUACAUGGAUAAGCUUUGUGAAAAGAGGAACUAAAUGAAUCGUACUGUGUUCCGCAACGUUAAUAAAUAAUUAGAUAAUUUCAUCCGCAGGCUGUUUUUAAGUAAUCAAUAACAACAAUUUAACUGGAAUAGAUUUCGAAAGUUUUGUUUAUCUGUUCGUGGUAUAUUGAUAGUUUAACUAUGGGGGCGUAUCCCCAAAAUUGACGAUUAACAGUUAUCUUAAAUGACGGCAAAGGUUCAGUGUGAUAAUAUAAAGCGAUAUGUACAUGUAAAAACAUUGUACCAAAGAUAAUUUACAAUAUGGUGAAAACAUGUGACGGUGAUUCAAAUAAAUUGUGAAAAAAUGACACCACAAACGGAUUAAUACAGAAAAAUGACUGCAGAAAAUAGUUGUAAAUGUUGUAGUAGCCUGUACAGUCUUGCUGCAGAAUGUCUCGUGGUGACAUUGACCUUGGUGCACGUGCUUCUUUCAGCAGCAGAGUUAAUGAUACAUUUACAAGUUAUACAAGUACCGGCAUCAGGGUCAGAAGACAACACAGGUAUCGAAAUAAAUGAAACGACUUUACCACCAGCCACGCCAUCACAGUCGUACGAUCCCGGGGGCUGCGACAAUAGCUUACACCCUCAUCUCAGCGAUACUGUGGCUAUUGUCAGAUACGCAACUCUAGUUAUAUCAGCUGUCUUCUUUAUAGAGAUUGUAUGUAAAGUGUUGUAUCUGAAAGUGAAAUUUCUCAAGGAUAUCUGGCAGAUGUUCGAUAUGCUCAUAGUAUUGCUCAGUUUAGGUGUGGAGAUUGGUUUCUUUCUUGUGCACGAGAAACUCGUGUGUUACAGCAGUGCAACUGAAGCAGCUACAUUUGUCAUCGUGCUUCGACUGUGGAGAAUACCCCGAGCGUGUAAUAUUCGUAAAGCAGAAUAUAAGAAAAAACUUGAGGACCAGCACCACUUUCUGAGACUGACAAAGACGGAGACUGAAAAAAGGUGCAAGGAGCUCGAGAAAAUCGUGCAAAGUCAGUCAGAAGAAAUAGAAAAGUAUAAAGCAGUCAUCAGGAAAAAUAAUUCAGUAGUUAAAGACGAAAAUGAAAGAGUUGCUAAUGGAAACGGGCCAUUUAAUAAAGGCAUCAGUGCUGCUGCGAUAGGAAUUCUGCAUCCAGAUGCACGAGAAAACAGUGAUAGAGUCAAUUCUGUCCAAACUGAAAGAUUACGCAGUGAAGUAAAUAAUGAUGAAAUACGUGACAAUGCUAAGUGUAGUGAAAACAAUGCGAGCAAUAAGACUGAAUCUGAUUUGGAAAGAAAUGAUUCAGAUAAAAAUAGCAGAGCCAAUGACUCUGGUAUCGAGGUAAAGGACUCUUUUCGAAGUGAGAAAGAAGUGACAAGGGUUUAUGAUAAGGUACAGAAUAGUGAUGACGAAGUUUUUGAUAGUGAUGGUUCGGAGUUUCCGGUUGCUGUUCAAGUACAGGAAGUAGAGGUUCAGAUAGAAGAAAUCUCCAGACAGAAACAGUUACCAUCAGUGACGUCAAUUCCUAGAAGUCCUGGCGAUGAAGAUCAUGAAGCCGUUCUGUUAAGACGAAAGUCCAGCAAGACAAUGGCGGCAGCGUUCAUCAAUCCCAGCUUUGACAACGACGAACCGGAUGCACGCGGCACGUACAGAAGCGCGGACGGUAUACCAAUGACUGAGCUAUGAACACACAUGCCAGACUAGGAUGGUCUAUGACUGAACUUUUUUUUUUCUACCAUUAAAUCGGAUAAAGAAGAGUGUUGUGAAAUAAAAUGAAAAGUAAAUGGCCAAAAUAGGAUUAUCCGGAUUACAGUUCUUGUGGACAUGGAGUAACUACAUCAUAGUAUAGAUGGGUUGAAAUUGAAUAUCCGACAUUUUAUGCUCUCGAAUGUUGGCAUAUUAAAAUUGCAUUGUCCGUCCGUGCGUGACGUACGUCCGAGUAAAUUCUUGUCCGGGCUGUAAGUCUGCCACUCAUAAAGGGAAUUUGAAAUAACUUGGCAUAAAUGUCCCACAUAACGAGACGACGUGUCAUGCGCAAGAUCCAGACCCCUAGCUCUAAGGUCAAGGUCACAUUUAAAGGUUUACAUGGUCUGUAUCUUGUCCGAUCCAUAACUCUGUCAUCGGGAUUUCAAAUAUAUUUGGCACAAAUGUUCCCUAUAAUGACUUGAUGUGUCAUAUACAAGACCCAGACCCCUAGCUCAAAGGUCAAGGUAACCUUUGGAGAACGUUUUUUAUGAUUCAUACUUUUACUAUUGUGGCAUAUUUUGCCCCGAAAACUGUAGCAUUCUUAGGCACGCUUUGGGGGCAUUUGUCACUUAUAGUGACAGUUCUUGUUUCUGAGUGCAAUAAAAUACUAGUCACCUUGUCAUAACAUGCAUUGACAAAAGACAGCAGCAUUUUGAAAGCAUUCUCUGUUUAAACUGUGCUGUAGUCGGUCUAUUGAUUUUUUUUCAUUGUUAUUAUUUAUAAGCAGACUAUGUAAAAAUCGGUUCCAAAGAUGUCAUGGUCACUUUAAAGGAAUUCUACCUGAUUGUACUGUUAAUUUGUUACCUUGUAAACCCCUUUUCUGCAGGUCAGAAAAUACAUAUGAUAACAUACUGCAAUGUAGUUCAAUACGUCGCCAUAUAUAUGCGUUUUUAUUACAAGAUUCAUUAAAGAUGAAACAUAUUUUCUAUAAAAGAUGUAUAUUUUCUUGUUACUUUUUUUGGACAUAAAGAUUCAGAUUUACUGAUCAUAGCAGGGCAAAUCUGAAAUAUUUUGCGGACAAAAUUUAAAUACUGAUCUAAUAUGUAAUUCUGUAUACAGACUUUAUACAUGUCUGCAUGUUGUUGUUUUUUUUGUCUGUUAAAUAUAGGAUUUUUUUUUUUACAAAUUUUCAUUCAUUUGCUCCAAUAUAUGAACAUGUUGCCCUACCCAAUGCUUUUAAUUCAUUGUGAAUAUAUGUAUUUAUUUUUCAUUGUAUAUAAAGCAAUAAAUUAUAAACAUAAGAAUGAAUUUUA